UUUACUCGAGACGUUCUAGUAAAUUUAGGGCCCAAGUCACAUCACUAAUAUUUUUCUUUUUCUAUUUGACAAUUCAAAAUGAAGAUCGGUCUUUGCGCUUACAGUGGAUACAAGAUCUACCCUGGCCAUGGAAAAACUAUGGUUAAGGUGGAUGGCAAGACUUUCACAUUCCUGAAUUCAAAAUGUGAAGCAGCUCACCUUAUGAGGAGAAAUCCUCGUAAAGUAACAUGGACUGUAUUGUACAGACGUAAAUUCAAAAAAGGUCAAGAGGAAGAACAAGCCAAAAAGCGCACCAGAAGGACACAGAAGUUCCAGCGUGCUAUUGUUGGUGCUUCUCUUAGUGACAUCAUGGCCAAGCGUAAUAUGAAGCCUGAAGUACGCAAAGCUCAAAGAGAACAAGCUAUCAAAGCUGCUAAAGAACAGAAGAAGUCUUCAAAGGCGGCAAAGAAAGCUACAGCUCCUCCAACAAAAGUAAAGGCUCCGCCUAAGACUAAAGCUGCUAAAGUCAGUCAGAAGUCUGCUCCAAGAGUAGGAGGAAAACGAUAAACAAACAACUACAAUAAAUAAUUAUUAAAAAAAAAA